AUGGAGUCUGUCUCAACAUUAUCCUUGAACUCCAGUGCCAGUAGUAGCACUACAAUCGAUGGUGUUUGUCCACCAACAAUAUAUGAAAAUGUUUGCAUGAUAUAUAGUCGUGACAGCAACAACAUUUUGAGUUAUAGAAAGUUCAACAAGUUUUCAGACGACCUAACAAGCGAGAUCGUUAACGCCAAGUAUUUUCACUACAAAGAAGGAUUUUCUCAAGCAGUGAUUGGAGAUCAAUAUUUUGUUUGGGAAAAACAAUCUAAAGAUAAAUGGCAAGGAGUUGUCACUUUGCAAAUCUCAGUUACCGAUUUUGUGCUUUGGUUCAUAAAUUUAUUGAUAACUCUGUCACAUGUGGCCUUUCCAAAUGCAGAAAGCUCAUCGGAAUUCUCUGAUAUAGUCACCGACACUUUUGCUGAAAAAUUGAAACACACGGUGGAACAUGAUAUGUGGGACGCCGUGGGCAGGGAAAAUUUCCGAUCAAGUGUUGAAUUUUUCACAUCUCGAGGACAACCAUUGGAAGCUGUUCUUCCGGCCUUCCCGUGCAAAUCAUCCAACUAUGAGAAAGUAUCAGGUGACUUGCCUGAUAAGGGAGAAGAGCUUGCUUUGCAAAGAUUGAUAUACUUUGCUCAAGAGGUCAAGAAGAUAUAUCCUCCAGGUAUACUCAUUUGGAUUGUUAGUGACGGCCAUGUUUUCAGCGAUUGUAUUGCGGUGGAUGAUACUAAGGUGAAUCGAUAUUCCGCCGCAUUGAAGCAGAUGUACAAAAGAAUCAAACCAACAGACUCUUCGUCCAUAAAAUUUUGCUCAUUGCCUGAAAUUUUCGAAUUUUCAAAAGACCUCCCAGCAAUGGUGGACCAUGUUGAGUUGGGCCAUUUUUUAAGUACCGAAAUUGACCCUGUGUCCGAAGUGUGCCGCAAGAUUUUAAUGACAUCGUGCGAUACAGACAAUGGUAAAUUGAGGGAAGAUAUCAAAACACCAGGACAUCCAAGACUAUAUUUAUUUCGUGGCUUCUCCAAAUUCAUGACUGAGGAUUUGCAAUUUCAUCCUAACGUUGGUAAAAUGACUAGAAAAAAGUUCAAAAAGAUUGUUAGCCAAGUUGCCCAUGAAAUGAUUAAGCGUAACGAUGCUUAUUCGAAUUUGGUGGAGUUGAUGUUUCCAUUUCAUUUGAGGUUUUCCAUACAUGCUCAUAACAAUGCUGGACCAAAAUUUGGAAUCUCUUUGUUGAGCAAAAACGGGACUGAAAAAUGCCUUCCAAUUGAAAGUAUCCAAGAUCACAAAGAGCCUAGAUGCACUGAUCUUUUGCACAUUCCCACUCCUUGGCACAAUUCAAUCGUCAAAAUCAAUGACGAUGAAACGUAUUAUGUCAUUAAAGCUGCCAAGGUUAAUCAAGACUUGGAAACUGGCUAUGGAAGCGGUGGAUGGGAUGCAAACAGCCUUCAUUAUAUUUUUUCAACAAAUUAA